AUCGUUGAAAGGCUUUCGUAUCCUAUUCAACUGCCAGGACGUCGACACCCAAUUGUCAACGUCAACAAUUAAGGGAACUUUAUUAAGAGAUUAAACCAUUUAAAGCUAUUAAAGUGAUAUUCAUAUUAUGAAACAGAAUAAUAGAAGCGGAAUGAGAAAUGUUGAGUUAGUAAGAAAGUUUGAAGACUCAACAAGAGAUAAUCGAAGAAAAAAUGAAGAUAUCAUGAAGCAACUGCAAGAAGAAAGAGAGACAGCUAAGCAGGAGAAGUCCAAAUUAGAAACGGAACAAGAAUUAAAAACUGCUGAGAUGAAGAAAUUAAGCGUUCGUAUUGAAGAACAAGAGUCAGAAUUGGAGAAGAAGAAGAAUGAUUAUGAACAAGAUAUGGCAAAAUGCGCCUCAACGUCCAAAGAGUUAGAUGAUUUAAGGAAAUCGGUAGAAAUGACUGAGGCUAAAACAUGCGAUUCCGAAGUAAACUCUGAGAAACUUAAAGUUUUAACAGCCGUUCAAAAUUUAUUUGGAGGUAUUGCAAUUGAAAAAUUGAAGACUUCUGGAUUAGAUAUCGAUUCCAUUGUCGCUGAUCUUCCACCACCUCCAAGCUCUAUUCCAAAUCAAGACGACAAUGCCAAUUCAAAGGCUGAUAUUAUAGAUCAGUUACCUUCAUCAACAACUAAUACGAGGAACAUUGCUCAAGACUCAACUGCUCAAAAACAAAUAUCCAAAGAUGAAUCCCCCAUUUCAAAUAAUAAUCAACAAACUGAUACCUUAAAUCAAUCUCCACAAACAAAUAGCGAAGCACCGAAUUCUCAAAUAACAAAUAAUUCAAACCAAAUUGAUUCCAACUUAAUGGGACAAAGUGACAAUUCAAUUGGCAAUCAACAAAUUAUUAAUAACUCACCUGCCGUAUCACAAAAUUAUCAGGAAAAAACGCUUGAAAACAGUCAGAAUAACAACCAAGGAUUGAAUCCAGUGGAUGUUAAUAAUAAUAAUAAUCAAGGAUUGAAUCUAAUGGAUGCUAAUAACAAUAACCAAGGUGUGAAUCUAGCAAACGUUAAUAACAAUAACCAAGGAUUAAAUCAAGCAGAUACUAUUAAUAAUGGUCAAGGAUUGAAUCCGGUGGAUGUUAAUAACAAUAACCAAGGAUUGAAUCCGGUGGGUAAUGAUAACAAUAAUAAUAAUCAAGGAUUGAAUCCAGUGGAUACUAACAACAAUAACCAAGGUUUGAAUCUAGCAACUGCUAAUAACAAUAACCAAGGAUUAAAUCAAGCAGAUACUAUUAAUAAUGGUCAAGGAUUGAAUCCGGUGGAUGUCAAUAACAAUAAUCAAGGGUUGAAUCAAGCAGAUACUAUUAAUAAUAAUCAAGGAUUGAAUCCAGUGGAUGUCAAUAACAAUAACCAAGGGUUGAAUCCGGCGGGUAAUGUUAAUAAUAAUCCAGGAUUGAAUCAAGUAGAUAAUAUUAAUAAUAACCAAGGAUUGAAUCUGGCGGAUGCCAAUAACAAUAACCAAGGUUUGAAUCAAGAAAAUGCCAAUAACAAUAACCAAGGGUUGAAUCAAGCAGAUACUAUUAAUAAUAAUCAAGAAUUGAAUCCAGUGGAUGUCCAUAACAAUAACCAGGCCAACGGAGAUUCUCUACAAUUUAAAAGAGCAAACUCUGAACAAAAUCACCCAACGAUCUUACAAGUAAAUGAUUCAGGUGCUUCACAUUUGAAUAAUGAUAAUAUGAACAAUAAUGAAGUCAACCUUCAGCAAGUUAACCCGAAUUCAGACCCCAUUGAUACCAAUAAUCAAGCUGGGUUACAAGCAGCUCCAGAUAAUACCAAUGCUGAGGCUAAUCCAUUGAAAAAUUCACAGUUAAACUCUCAAGAUUCAUCUUAUAAUAACAAUGUACAUCAAAAUUCACCAGAUGGCACCUUACAGGAUAACACAAUAGUAAGUGACAAAGAUAAUCAGAAUAACAAUAUCCUAAUCGCUGAGGAGAAAACUCAAGACGACGCAUCAAAUUCUCAGCAAUCUUCUUUGCAAGACAAUAGUCAGUCACAAACUAACGAAAAUUUACAAUCUCUAAUCGUUGAUGAAAGGCAAAAUGACAAUUCAGAACUGGUGGCAAAAAAUUCUAACUUUGAUAAGGCAGAAAUAGACAUUGGAAAUAGAAAUGAUGCAAUCAAUCAGCAGCAAGUCAGAGAGGACCAAAAUCCUAAUUCUUUUAGCUCAAAUGAAUUACAGUUAAAUAAUGGUACGCCAAACGAAAUCAUUUAAAGCCGUGCUUUCUAAUUAUAUUAGUUUAGCGAUUUCUGAUAGUUUUUCUUCUAAAAAUAAUUCUCCUUAGAACCUUUUAACAAAAGCAAUAUUCAAUAUCAUUUUCCCAACACAUUUACUUAAGAACUUUUUCUAUGCGAACAGGUGAUACUAAUGUUAGAAGUGUCGAUGUCGAUAGAACAGGGAGUCAAACUGAGGUAAGCUUUAGAAAGAUAAUUAUGAAUAUAUAGUCAAGUCUUUUUAAAAUACUGUGCUGGCUAUAAAAACAUCAGAAAAACUUAUUACAAAUAUUUAAAAAGAAUAUAUUUUUUCUCUAUCUCUCUACUCUCUCCCUACCGUUUGAAAUUGCAGAAGUUUAAAACGGAAAGUGUU